AUGUACCCCCUCGGCUUCCUCCCCUUCUUCUGCGCGCUCGUCCCCUACCCCGUCGCGAUUGCCGCCGCGCUCACCAUCCCCGUCCUCGUCCUCGUCCUCUGGGCGUACGCCGUCAUCCCCCGACGAUAUGCCGCCUGCGCCGCCCCAGACGCGCACACGGCGCCGGUCCACCUCCCCGGGACGUCGGUGACGCACAUUCUGCCGUUCUUCCACCGCCGAUUCGACUUCCUCAACGACGGCUUCCGUCUCGCCGGCCAGGCCGUGUACCAGUUCCGGCUCCUCCGUACGCCGGUCAUCGUCCUCUCCGGCGAGGACGCCCGCCGGGACUUCUUCCAGGCGAGGGACCUCGACCUCAACGCAGGCUUCCGCUUUCUCUCGGGCGCGAUCCCGAUGGUCCCUGGCGUCACGUCCGACCUCGAGUCUCGCCGGAUCAGCCUCAUCCAUCGGCGUCUCACUGCGUCGCAGUCCAGCGACCGCCUCGCACGUCUCAUCCCUCAAAUUCUAGAGGAUUCUCGGCAGACCAUCAGCGCAUGGGGUUGCUCCGGGUCCAUCGACCCGUUUGAACGCAUAUCCGAGGUCCUCUUCCAGACAACGGUCCGGUGUCUCGCGUUCACUGAGCUUGCAGACGACCGCGCGGCCGUCAUGCACCUCAAGACGCUCUACGACACCCUCGACACCGCGACGACUCCCGCGACAGUGCUCCUGCCAUGGCUCCCGGGGCCAAGCAUGCUUCGCCGACUGGUGGCGACAAAGCGGAUCUACGACAUCAUCAGUCGCACACUCGACGCCCGCACUGCCAGUGGCGUCGCGCGUGAUGACACGCCACAAAUGCUCAUCGACGCCGGGGACGAGCGGCUGGUAAUCAUUGGGUUCAUUAUGGGUUUGCUCGUCGCCGGGGCGCGCUCGACAGGCACAACAGCAUCAUGGCUCGUCACGUUCCUCAGUGGACAUCCAUACUGGCGCGAGAAAGCCGCCGAGGAGGUGCGGCGGCUCAUCGCGGUGCACGCCACCGCGCCGACCAAUCCCCCGCCGCUGUCGGAUUUGAGCACGACGCUCGCGAGCGUCCCGCUGGCCGCCUGGGAAACUGAGACGCCGGUGCUCGACGCGCUCGUACGCGAGACCCUGCGGGUGGCAGAGCCGCACGUCGCGAUGCGGCAAUACAUCCCGUCUUCCUCGUCCUCACGGUCGCCGUCCCCGGCACGCGCAGGGGAGAAGGCGAGGCCGCAGGUUCAGCCGCUCUACAUCGGGGGCAAGGUCGUGCCCCCGGGCGCGUUCGUGAUGUACCCGUUCGCGGACGUGCACCUCGACGAGAACGUGUACGCGGACCCGUGGCGGUGGGACCCCAGCCGUGCGGAGACCGGCAGCAAGGCGCCGUACGCGUAUGUCGGCAUGGGUGCAGGUGCCACCGUCUGCCUCGGAAAACGCCUCGCGACCCUCGAGCUCAAGCUCGUUGCCGCGCUCCUCGUCCUGGGCUGCGGCGAGUUCCGCGCGGUCGAUGGCAAUGGCAUGCCGCUCGCGGAGCUGCCUCGUCCCAACUGGAACGACAUCCUCACCUGUCGGCCGGCGAAGGGCGCGGUGUUUGUGCGCUUCGACCGCGCGCGGGACGGCGCGGCGGCGCGUUAG